AUGCCUGCAACACUAGUGGAAAUUCCUCGGCCACCCGAGCUGGGUAAUGGGAUCAUUCCUACCUCGAUCAAGAUUAAUGAAGCUUCUCUAAAACAAUCAGCAAACGGAACCCAUCAAACCAACAGCGAGACAAGUACGCCAUCAAAGAACAUUUCACAGAGCAAUGGCGCGGCACACAACAGCACUGGUCAUUUCACAACUGUGGAUGACCUGAUCAGAGACAGGGCAGCCAGCAUCCCAGAUACGCCGCUCAUCACAUACCCCAACUCCCGUACGAGAUGCGCCGACUGGGUCGAGUACACGGCGCGCGACCUUGACGUCUAUGCCGACGAGGCGGCCAAGGAGCUGACUAGACUUGGUCUCAUUCCCAAGCACAGAAAAAGCUCCAAGAGCGAGGUUGUGGCUCUUUUGGGUCAUUCUGAUCUGGACUACGCCAUUUCCAUGCUCGCUCUCACGCGCAUGGGGUUUGGAGUGCUUUUCCUCUCGACCAGAUUAGCAACUGAGGCAUACGCUUCGUUGCUCGACAAAACCGAGUGUACCCGCAUGCUGACGACGUCAAGGUUUGCCGACACAGUCCAGGUAAUCCGUGAAGCUGGGCGUGAGCUUCGGACUUGGGAUAUUGUGGAAAAAUCAAUAUACUCACGUGAGCCAACUGGAGAGCGGUUCCAAAAGCAGACGGAAAUCGAGGACCAAGAAAACGCAGUCGCGUUUAUUGUGCACUCCUCAGGCAGCACUGGACUGCCAAAGCCAAUCUUCCAGUCCCACCGCGCAUGCCUGGGCAACUAUGCUCUCGGAAGCGGCAUGCGGGCGUUUGUCACACUGCCACUAUUCCACAACAGCGGGUUGGCCAACACGUUUCGUUCCAUCGUGGCCAGAAAGUGCAUGGCCAUGUACAACGCCUCCAUCCCCAUGACGAGCGCCAGCCUGGUCGAGGGCCUCAACCACAUCAAGCCCGAGACCUUUAACUGUGUUCCCUACGUCCUCAAGAUCCUCUCCGAAACAGCCCAAGGCCUCGCCGCCCUCGCCCGCUGCAAGAUCGUCGUCUAUGCUGGGGCCGGGUGCCCAGACGACCUGGGAGACCUGCUGGUGGAAAAGGGCGUCAACCUCGUGUCGCACUACGGGCAGACCGAGAUGGGCCAGUUGAUGAUGUCGACACGCCCGCCCGGUGACAAUGCCUGGAACUACGUGCGGCCGCUGCCCAACACCAAGCCUUUUAUCCACAUGGAACCACUCGGGGACGGGCAGUACGAGUGCGUGGUGCUCGACGGGCUCGAGACAAAGGUCAUGUCCAACAGCGACGAGCCGGCGCCCAACUCGUACCGCACCCGCGACACCUUUGUGCCACACCCUACCAUCCCGGAUGCGUGGAAGCACGUCGGUCGGCUGGAUGACCGCCUCACCCUCGUCAAUGGCGAAAAGGUCCUGCCCAUCCCGAUGGAGGGAACCAUAUCGCAGAGCGAGUUGAUCCACCAGUGCUUGAUCUUUGGCGUCGGGAGGGCAUUUCCAGGGCUGCUGGUCGUCAAGAGCGACAAGGUACCGACCGAGUGGACGCGGGACCAAUACCUGGAUGCCAUCUGGCCUAGUAUACAGUUGGCAAACGACAACGCCGAGAAGUUUGCCCAGAUCGACAGGGACAUGGUCGAGGUUCUGGAGGCGGAUGCAGACUACCCCCGGACGGACAAGGGGACCAUCAUCCGCGCCGCGUCGUACAAGCGGUUUGCGGAUCUGAUUGACGCUGUGUACACCAGGUUUGAAGGUGGUGCUGCCGGAUCAGUUGGUGCCGAGGCAGGUAGUGAAAACAACCCGCAGAAUAUGAACAUGGAGGGUUACAAGAACUACCUAAACGCCCUGUUCCGAGAUCGAAUGGGCUUCAAAUCACUCGAACUCGACACGGACUUCUUCAGCGUCGGAAUGGACAGCCUACAGACCAUCAUAGCACGGAGUCACAUGAUGCGGCAGCUCGACCUCGGCGGCGCCGUGCUGGGGCAGAACGUCGUUUUUGAACACCCAACCAUCAACCAGCUGGCCGAGCACCUGUCCGCCGUGGCAACUUGCAUGUCACACCCCACAACGUCACCCACCACAGCCGCAGACGAAGAACCCUCUACAAUAAUGUACGACCUGGUCGCCAAAUACGGCAAAUUCGACCCCUUCGUCCCGGGCGACAAAACCCCAGAAGCCGACGUCAUCCUCCUCACCGGUGCCACGGGGUCCCUAGGCGCACACAUCCUCGCCCAGCUCCUCCCGCUCCCCCACGUCCGCCACGUAUACUGCCUAGUCCGCGCCCCGGACGCAGCAGCCGCCACGGCACGGGUCUUCACCGCACUGUCGGACCGCGGGCUCGGCGACUCCCUCACCCCCACCCUCUCAUCCAAAGUCACCUCCCUACCGUCCGACCUAUCCCGUCCAGACCUGGGCCUAUCCCCCGGCGUGCUGUGCGACCUGCGCGCCACGCUGACAGGGGUAAUCCACUCGGCCUGGGCCGUCAACUUCAACCUGGGCGUGUCGUCGUUCGCGUCGACGCACAUCGCCGGCGUGCAGAACCUCCUCAACCUAGCCCUUUCAGUCCCCUUCCGCCACCCGGCCCGCUUCGCGUUCAUCUCGUCCGUCUCAGCCGCGAGCGGAACACCACUCCCGGCAAGAAUCACCGAGCGGUACGUGGCGGACCCGCGGCACGCGCAGGAGAUGGGGUACGCGAGGUCCAAGUGGGUGGCGGAGCACGUGGUGCGACGUGCGGCGGAGGAGGCGGGCGGCGGAGCGGCGUUCCGGGUGCUCAGGACGGGGCAGGUGGUGGGCGACAGUAAAGAGGGCAAGUGGAAUCCGACCGAGGCGAUCCCGCUCAUGCUCAGGGCUGCCGAGACGAUGGGGGCGCUGCCGAGGUUGGACGAGAGGCCGAGUUGGAUCCCCGUUGAUGUGUGCGCGCAGGCGGUUGUUGAGCUGAGUGGGGCGGGGAGGCCGUCUGGACAUGCGGCGCCGGCGGGAGAGGCGGCGGAGGAUGGCGCCCAUGUCGUAUACCACGUCCUCAACCCGCGGACGUUCUCGUGGGUGGAUGAGCUGCUGCCGGCGCUGCGGCGGCCGGACUGCGGGUUGGAGUUUGAGGAGGUUGGGCAGCGCGAGUGGGUGGCGCGGCUGCGUGCUGCGGCCGAGGAGGGUGGCGAGGAGGCGGCCGGGAAGAAUCCGACGGUGAAGCUACUGGAUUUCUUCUCGUCCAAGUAUGACAAUGAGAAACCCGGGCGGAGCGGGCUGGUCUUUGAGACGGAGAAGACCGAGGGCAGGAGUCUGGCUAUCCGUGGAGGGUUUGAUGUUAUUGGAAGCGGGCUGAUGAGCAAGUGUGUGGGAUCUUGGAGAAGCAAGGACUGGAAAUGA